AUGGAUGUCCGGAACCAUUCUGAGGUACACGUACUUGCUUAAUAAUUAAUCGUGAAGGUCGAAGCCUCGCUUAGUCGGGUUUUGGGAGAAUUCGGCAAAAUAGAUGUACUUGUAUAUUGUGCUGGAAUUUUUACAUACUCGCUCGUUAAGAACAAGUUUUUUGACUGCUGGAAGGAGAUGAUAGCAACCAACUGUCAGGCAAGUUAACCUUAACUCGCGACGCAUACGUUUAUAGGGCCUCAUAGACGUUGUUAGCAUUGUUUUGGCUGAUAUGCUCGAGAAGGAUUCUGCUGGCCACAUAAUUGUUGUGAGCUCAGAUGCUGGGCGUGCUCCUUUCCCAGGACUGUCUGUUUACACUGGCACGAAAUUUUUCACUGAGGGCUUUUUGCGGUCGCUAAGGCUCGAGUGCAAGGAGUCGAAAAUUCGGAUUACCUCGAUUCAGCCAGGAGGUGUUGCAACUCCAGGACAGCAGUGGACAACUGAUACCAUGGCAAGUUUUCCAACAUCUUUCAUUCCACUGAAGCCAUCUGUGACAUCUUUCGCCCACCAAUUAAAAUAUAUUUAGCAUACGAAUCCAGAAAUUAUCAUUUUCGUCUGGCACUGUUUACAGACGGUUUCUGACUUUGGCUCAGCUUUAUUUUAUUCGGUGAACUCUUUUCCUUUUACUCAGAGUAAGCGCAAUUUUAACCGAACUGGCCGCACUUUUUUAUUUAUUUGAUACUAGUAGGAAACUUGUAGUUCUGGAGACCACCUUCAUUCAAACCCUAAUUGUUGCGGAAAAUGGCGAUGUAAACUCGGUAUACAAAAAUGCAUAGUUAGCAACCACGGUAUUUACCAAGAUCCUCUCGGUUUACAAUAAUUAAACGUUUUCAAUACUCCUACCCGAUUCAUCUUUACUGUGUACUGUGAACUUCUUCGUGCCGUCCUUCAAAAGGUGCCCAUGUUUUGACUUCAGCCGAAAAUCUCCUGAAGAAACUUGUCCCUGUGGAAAUGUUCUUGUACCUCCCGCGCUUAAAAACAAGUCUAUGGAAUUGUGAAAUGUCACAACUGCCCACAGUUUGCGCAAUACUGAACUAUUUGAGAAAUUUUUGCCUCUAAAUAUCCAUAUCAAGCGAUCGUUUCGCAAAUUCUACUCUAUCUAUGCCCUUUAAAUGCUAAGAAUCUCCUUCGACACUGUUUGAUAAGUGGAGCCACAACCUAGACUACAAACUUUCGAACCAGAUGUCUGUUUUUCAAUAAUUCUGGCGUCAUUUAGUGAAAAGUCACAUGCAUGGAAUCUUAUUAAUUUCCGUAAUGGGGUUUGUGCCCAUGUCUUAUUGUCUUGAGUGUUGAAAUCACCGAUCAGUUAAUAAACGGAUUUCGAGAGUUAAGAACUGAGGAAGAGCGUAUGUACCAAGCAGUGUUUAACCUCGACAAUAAACCGCAGCAUAUGACGUCUCCGGCUGACAGAAAGGUAGGCUCCGAAUGCACUAUUGGACCCCUGCUUAUUUCCUUCCAUCUUUAGUACGAUCUUCUAUUAAUUAAGCUUUUCUAGCAGAGAUAUUAAGCGCCGACUACUUCAAAUUGAUAGGCUAUCAGCCUUAUAUUCUGCCCUCGAGUCUCUACAGAGCUCAUUAUUUGAAUUUACAAUUAUCCUCAUAAGGGCUUGCUCGCUGCUACUCAUCCACAGGCUUAUUUAAGCCUUUCGAUAUCCCCUCCCAUUUAUGAGGAUCGCAUUUUUGUCCUCUCUUUCAAACAAUGCAGGCCUCUGAGCUUUAUUCACCCCUAUGCCGACCACCUGCCGAAUCAGAGAAGGCGUUGGCCGCCAUGUUAAAACCAGCAGACAUAGCGAACGCCGUAAUCUACGCUCUGUCUCAGCCAGAAGGGGUGUCAAUCAACGAGAUUCUCGUACAACCCACCGGACAGCCGUGCUGA